UGAAUUGCUCAUUUGUAUCCCCACUUUCAUCAUGUCUCUUCUCAUCUUCCAUGUUGACAAUUUUACAUUUACGCCAUUAAAUUGGGUGGAUUUUAUUCCCGGGUGAAAUCCAUCCGCAAUUUCACACUUAUUUGGCUUCAAUUCACUCUUGAAAUCCUUUUGUUGUUAUAUAGAGAUACUUUCAUUGGGUGAUCAUUGGAGCCAAAAACCUCAUGAAAUGUGUUGCGGAAAAAGUUACUCAAUACACUUAAUAUCACGCGCACAGAGUGGACAAUUUUGUCGUGAUAAAGUCUCUCGAGGGACUGAAGGGGUGCGUCAUUAGGCGAACUGAUGGUUUGCAUUGAAUGGAGGAUAUAUUGGUUAUAUUGCAUUACUUCAUUCCAAUGAUACUGAAUGUUUAUUGAAGUGUUAUAAGUGGUAUUUUAUCUCCGAGGCAGAUAGAUUUCUAAAUUCUUGCUCUUUCCGGUCGAUUUUGCUUUAUCACUUUAUGAUAAAGGUAUAAAUUUAAAGGAAUAUAAAGUAAUCUUCCGAUUGAUAUUGAUCCCAAUUCAUCAUUUGGGCUUAUUUAAGUUCUUCAGUUCAUUUGGAGGACAGACAAUUAAAUAAAUUUUAUACUGGCAGAUCUUCUAAGCCCCGCAAUAUUCCUAAUAGUGCGCCCCUCGGUGGGAAUCGCUCGGAAAAGUGUCUAACGUGAAUGAAGCAGCACCCAGACCAGAAACUCUGCAAUGUUUGCAUAAUUUAUUUCAACGAGGGAAAACACAAGUUUUCUUUGUAUUCAUCGCCCUCAUUUUUAUUCAAACACACUAAUUAACUAUUGCUUCGUCAUUUGAUGCAAAUAUUGCAAAAUCAAGCGUCAUCUAUAAAUAAGAACCUGCGUUGUUCUCCAACAUUAGAUUACACCAGCAUGCUUAUCACGUUUUAGAGGCUUUAGCUGUAGUUUUGGUGUUGUUUUAUGCUCACAGAGGUUUAUCAACUCUUCUGUUUGAUCAUCUCUAAUUAGUUUGAUGGGAAUUUUCCACAUUUUCGCGGGCGUCAUAUUUUCCACGCAGUCUCAGAUAUCGAGCUGAAAAACUGGGUGAAAUCUUAACGGCAUUCAUAAGUGGAUUUUCAUGCUACGAAAUUCCACUGUGUGACCCUCUCGCGAAGUGCGUCGAAAUGGGCACAAGAAAAGAUGGAAGUUGUGACUGGAAAGGAAGUGUGUUUAUUUGGAAUUCUGCAUGAGUUUCUCAGGCGCCACAUCGAAUAAUUGUUGGGUAAUUAAAGAACGAUGCGAAUUCGCGGGAGUGAUCUCAAAUGGGGUUUUAAUUAGUGCGAAAAUUGUAACGAUCAAUUGACAUGAUCGUUUGGAGGCGUGAUGAAUUUGAAGAAUUUGUCUCAUAGAUUAAUAUUGAUUGGGAAUGAGUGUUUUUGCUGUAAAACAAGGGUUUUAUUGCUGUUUAUUUGGAAUGCGUUGAGAAUGUCUGUUUGAUUUUCUUGCCUGCAUGUGUUUUUUUAAUGUCUCACAAAUUGCUCGUGUGGAUAUUUAUGGCCAAUUUUGAACACAGACCAGCCCGAUCUGCCCUGAUGGACGGAGUGAGGCUGCCGCCAGUGGGAUCAUCCCAACAUGAUUGCGGUUCCCUGUCGCGCGUGGUGAUGGUGAGGAAACGCGAUCAGCGUCUGAUCAACCACAGAGGACAAGGUGAAAAUCAAUGCGAGAUCGUCACCUUUGAAACCAUCCAGACAUACAAGGGCCACAAGCCGGAUAGGACAAUUGUCCUGAAGGAGACAUGCGAUGUGGGCGAUCUCACGGACUCCAUGAGGAAUUCCCUCAGUUCCAUGAAAAUCUGCGGAAGCACUCCGCAAACGCCGAACGCGCCCAAUUCUUUGGAGCCUCCAGCCAUCACAAACGGCCACUCUGGACUCUCCACACCCAAGUCAUCGCGUCACAACAGCCCCAAUCCCGGCUCCAAAUCGCCCACGAGUCGCACUAUGAAUCUCAGCUUGCGUCACAAAACGCCCUCGCCCACGGCAAAGAGGCGUUCAGGAAUGGCAGCAGUUUUCACUGACUUUGAGGUGGAGUGCUUAAAGGCGCACAAUGAAUUCCGGGCGAGACAUAGCGUUCCUCCGCUGAGACUCAACAAGAAACUCUGUAGGCACGCUGAAGAGUGGGCCAAGAUCAUCGCAGCGCGAGGAACGCCAGUGCACAGGAACAACUCACCGUAUGGGGAGAAUAUCUUCUGCGCCUGGUCCUCUGGCGGUGGGGGAGUGAGUGUCAAUGGCAGGGAUCCUGUGGAGAAUUGGUACGCAGAAGUGGCGCAUCAUGGUUUCCACCGCGAGCCGGCAACACUCAAGACGGGUCACUUCACGCAAGUGGUGUGGCAGGACAGCAGGGAUUUGGGUGUGGGUCAGGCAAAGAAUAGAUCAGGGCAGGUGUUUGUGGUGGCAAAUUACGAUCCACCGGGCAACUUCAUCGGCAGUUUCGCUGAAAAUGUGCCUCCGGUGGGAGGUUUUCGACGCAUCAGGGAAAUUGAGAGCGAGAAAACCUCUCCAACAGUACACUUUGAGGACACCAUAGAUCUCCGAGAGUUCGCGGAUGCUGUUCUGCACCAUCACAAUGAGUUGAGGAGGAAGCACGGAGCACCUGAGUUGAUUGUUGGCCCUGAGGUGACUUUGGUGGCGCAAGAGUGGGCAGAAACGCUCGCUCAGCAGGACAGAUUUGCUCACAGGCCAAAUUCUUCGUAUGGCGAGAACAUUUACUGUCUCUGGACAUCAGAGAGCAAUGCUCGCGCUAAGCCCAGAGACGUCUGUCGCUCAUGGUAUGAGGAGGGAAAAGGAUAUACUUAUGGCGUGGAGCCAAAGGGCAUUCUCAGGGCAGGACACUUUACACAACUCAUCUGGCGCUCAUCUCGAUACCUGGGCGUGGGCAUGGCUAGAACUCAGAAGGGGAAGGUCAUCGUGGUGUGCAAUUAUCAUCCCCGCGGCAAUAUCGGUGGCCAAUUCAUUGCUAAUGUACUCCGUCCCAAGACUACAUAAACCUAAGCUUUCACCUUUGCCAUUAGAGACGCAUUUGUGCACAAAGAAAUGCGCCUUUUUGUAUUAAAGCACAUUUUCGCGCCAAAUUCUCAUCACAAAUAUUACCAGAGAAUUUAUUACUUAUUAAAAGGAAUAUAAUAACAUAUUUUGCUAACAUACAUUAUAAUAACUUAGUGAAAUUCUGGAAAAGUAUUUAAUUGAUGGUUUCCUUGAAAACUUAAUAUGAAAAUUUAAUUAGUGAUAUUGAGCAAAAUUACGAUGCAAUGUGCCAACUGUCCUGGUUUAAAAGCAAAAAGAAAGCACUUUUUUUCAAAAAGAACUUCACAAUAAAAUGCAUAAAAGCUUGUUGAGGAAACAAUGAAUGAACUCAGAGGACUGAAAAUCUUGGACUGACUUGUAGUUAGAUAUUUUGUAAAGGAGCGCGCGCUAUGAAGAAUCUGAUGAUGAG